AUGGGAUCCAUCAUGGGACCGUACUGCCCCACUUUUUAGCAGCAGUGUUUUAGAUCUCUAUUUUUGGCAUUAUGGCGGUAGAAACCAUCGCACCUGACUGGGAGUUUGACCGUUUUGAUGACGGUUCACAGAAAAUCCACCUGGAGGUCCAGCUGAAGAACUACACCAGGUUUCUGGAGGAGUACACUUCUCAGCUAAAGGGGAUCGAAGAGGCCCUGGAUGACUCCAUUGGGGAUGUUUGGGACUUUACCCUGGACCCCAUUGCCCUGAAGCUUCUGCCAUAUGAGCAAUCAUCUCUACUGGAGUUGAUAAAAACAGACAACAAGGUACUGAACAAAGUCAUCACAGUUUAUGCUGCUCUCUGUUGUGAAGUGAAAAAACUCAAGUUUGAGGCGGAAACCAAGUUUUACAAUGGCUUACUGUUCUAUGGAGAAGGAGUAUCUGACACCAGUGUUGUUGAAGGAGAGUCCCAGAUUCAGAUGGGCAGAUUUAUCUCAUUCCUUCAGGAACUGUCCUGUUUUGUCACAAGAUGUUAUGAAGUAGUCGUCAACAUUGUGCACCAGCUGGCUGCCCUCUACAACAGCAGCAAGGUUGCUACCAAAGUCAUUGAGUCGUCAGGUGUCCAUUUCCAGAUUGUGUACGAACACCUUGGAGAGCUGUUAGUGGUUCUGCUCACUCUUGAUGAGAUCAUGGAAAACCAUGGCACUCUGAAAGACCACUGGAAGAUGUAUAAAAGGAUGUUGAAAUCUGUACACCAUAACCCAGGGAAGUUUUCCAUUCCUGAAGAAAAGCUGAAACCAUUUGAAAAACUCCUGCUCAAGCUAGAGGGACAGCUGCUGGACAGCAUGAUCCUGCAGGCCUGUGUGGAGCAGAGAUUCGAUGAUCCUGGGGAGGGAGUCGCUGUCUCCAAAAACAGUGCUUUUGCAGAGGAGUUUGCCUUCAACAUUCGCACCAUAUUCACCAAUGUUGAAUCUAAAAUUGGUGAACCAUCAGAGAUCGACCAGAGAGAUAAAUUUGCUGGUGUCUGUGGUCUCUUUGUGCUCCACUUUCACAUCUUCAGGAGUGUUGACAAAAAACUCUAUAAGGCACUGCUGGACGUCUGUAAGAAGGUUCCAGCUGUCACUCUGACUUCAAACAUUAUCUGGUUUCCAGACACAUUCCUCAUCGCAAAGGUUCCCGCGGCAGCGAAACUGAUGGAUAAGAAAAGUUUACAGGCCAUCAGAGCGCAGAGAGACACCUUUCUGCAGCAAAGAGCUCAGACACUUGCGAAGGAUGUUCAAUCGUACUAUGUGUUUGUGACUUCCUGGAUGAUGAAGAUGGAGUCCAUAUUGUCUAAGGAGCAGAAGAGUGACAAGUUGGCUGAAGAUCUGAACAGCAGGUGUAAUGUGUUUGUACAGGGUAUUCUCUAUGCAUACAGCAUCAGCAUCAUCAUUAAGACCACCAUGAACAUGUACAUGUCGAUGCAGAAGCCCAUGACAAAGACGUCUGUGAAAGCUCUGUGUCGACUCGUUGAACUCCUCAAGGCGGUGGAGCACACGUUUCACCGGCGCUCCAUGGUUGUAGCCGACUCUGUUUCUCACAUCACUCAGCAGCUUCAGUCACAGGCGCUCAAUGCCAUUGGUGUUGCAAAGAAAAGAGUGAUCUCUGACAAGAAGUACAGUCAGCAGAGGCUGGAUGUACUUUCGUCUUUGGUGCUGGCUGAAAACGCUCUGAAUGGUCCAAGCACAAAAGAGCGCCGAUUGGUGGUGUCUCUGGCUCUGUGUGUCGGUACUCAGCUGAAAACAUUUAAAGAUGAGGAGCUGCCUCCUCUGCAGUUGGUGCUGAAAAAGCUCGAUCUGAUCAGUGAGCUGAGCGAGAGGGUCAAGCUGCAGUGUGACUGUAGUUUCCUCUACUGGCACCGUGCCGUGUUUCCCAUCUACCUAGACGAUGUUUACGACAACGCUGUGGAUGCUGCAAGGAUACACUACAUGUUCAGUGCGCUGAGAGACAGUGUCCCCUCUAUGCUGCACGCCAAACACAUGGAGUCAUGUGAUCAGCUACUGGAGAGCUACGACAAGGAGAUCAUGGAUGUGUUUCACGAGCACUUGCUGGACAAGCUGUGUAAGGAGAUUGAGAAGGACCUGCGUCUCUCUGUUCACACACACCUUAAGCUGGACGACAGGAACCCUUUUAAAGUCGGCCUGAAGGACUUGGCUCACUUCUUCUCACUCAAACCAAUCCGAUUCUUCAACCGCUUCAUUCAUAUUAAAGCCUAUGUGACCCACUAUCUGGAUAAAACUUUUUACAACCUGACCACUGUGGCUCUGCAUGACUGGGCCACCUACAGUGAGAUGAGAAACCUCGCCACACAGCGCUACGGACUCACCAUGACCGAGGCCCACCUGCCCAGCCAGACCCUGGAGCAGGGUCUGGAUGUUUUAGAGAUCAUGAGGAACAUUCAUGUCUUUGUCUCACGCUACCUCUACAACCUUAACAACCAGAUCUUCAUAGAGAAGGCGAGUAACAACAAGCACCUGAACACCAUCAACAUCCGUCACAUCGCUAACUCCAUACGCACCCAUGGCACCGGCAUCAUGAACACAACGGUGAAUUUCACCUACCAGUUCCUGCGGAAGAAGUUUUACAUUUUCAGUCAGUUCAUGUAUGAUGAACACAUCAAAUCCAGACUCAUCAAAGACAUCCGCUUUUUCAGGGAAACAAAGGAUCAGUCAGACCAGAAGUAUCCUUUUGAACGAGCGGAGAAGUUUAACCGUGGCAUCAGGAAACUCGGCAUCACUCCUGAAGGACAGAGCUACUUGGACCAGUUCAGACAGCUUAUCAGCCAGAUUGGUAAUGCUAUGGGCUAUGUACGUAUGAUCCGUUCUGGAGGUCUUCACUGCUGCAGCAGUGCCAUCAGGUUUGUCCCUGACUUGGAGGACAUCGUAAACUUUGAGGAGCUGGUGAAGGAGGAGGGACUGUCGGAGGAGACUCAGAAAGCUGCUGGGGUCCUUGAUUCAGUGCUGGGAGAUCUGACCAGUAACUCUGCAGAGGGGACGGAGUACUUCAAGAUGCUGGUGGCGGUGUUUGCACCUGAGUUUCGCAGCGCAAAGAACAUGCACCUGAGAAACUUCUACAUGAUUGUACCCCCACUGACUGUAAAUUUUGUUGAGCACUCCAUCAGCUGCAAAGAGAAGCUCAACAAGAAAAACAAAAGUGGAGCAGCUUUUACAGACGAUGGCUUUGCUAUGGGUGUGGCGUACAUCCUGAAGCUGCUGGACCAGUAUCUGGAGUUUGACUCUCUGCACUGGUUCCAGGCCGUCAGAGAUAAGUACAAGAAAGAGAUGAACGCGGUGGUGAAGGAGCAGAACGUCCAGUCUGCCAGCCAGGAUGAGAAGCUGCUUCAAACCAUGAACCUCACUCAGAAGAGACUGGAUGUCUACCUCCAGGAGUUCGAGCUGCUCCACUUCUCAUUGAGCAGCGCCCGGAUCUUCUUCCGAGCCGACAAGACUGCAGCCGAGGAGACUCAAGAGAAGAAAGAUAAAGAAGAAGCUGCCAAAGCCGGAGGGGCUUCAGACGGGUCGACCUCCACUGAUGCUGCCUCAAAGUGAGCGAUACGGUGGGAUCAGUAGAGCUUAAGCUCUGCAAAGUGUCCAGAAGAAGAAUCAAGUUCUCCUGCAGUGAAUGCACUGAAACAAAUGGAAACUGUAUGAACAGACAGCUAAAGGAAAUUGUUUAAAGGUGAUCAUCUUAAUUCAAGAAUGAAUGUUUUAUUUAAGAGCCACUGCAGGAAGUCUUUUUUUGUUUCCAUUCUACAGAAACAUCAAUUUAACAUCUAACGGUGUUUGAAACAUCCAAUAAAUCCAGUUUGAAUUUGUAGCAUUAAAACAAGCAGAUACAGUGUAAAAUGUCGGGUGGUAAACAAGCGUCAGGUAAGGGUUUAGUUUUCUUUUGCCACGCUGCCUUUGAUACAUUCAGUCUGGAUGGACUGUCUUAUUUUUCUACAGUAGAAGCCUCAGCUGUGUCACUAAUUAACAUCUUUCAUUUCAAUAAUUAGUGACGUCUUUGUUGGUGUCCAUGUACUUAUUGUGAUUGAUUGUUCAUGGCCUGUGAUGGCAGCUCUGUUCUUAAUGCCUCUGGAGAUGAUAGCACAGUGAGGAGGAACAUUGAGAAUGUUUUCAGUGUAUAAUCUAAUAAUAUUUUGUGCCAUUUAAUUGUGUUCCUUUCAUUUUUAACAUUGUAUGAAUGAAUGUCUAUGUGCCUUUCUAACCUGUGGUUACUAGUUGAGAUGUCUGUUAAGUUAAGAAGGAGGGCAUCCAAACAUCCAGGAGGAAAAGUGCUGCAUUAUUUCUCUGCUGCAGUAGAGAUGUUUCAUUACAGUUUAAUUUCCUGAUUUUGUAUCUAUCAACAUGUGGUACAUGUGAAAGAGAGGCCAUGAUUUGGUCAGAAUUACAUUCCAUGAAUUAGCUUGAUGAAAAUAAAACUCUGUUAAGUCUUUGUAGACGAAUAAAAACAUGCACUUUUAAAAGAGCCGAAUGUUUUAAUCAAGAAUGAAUGAAAUCCAAGUUUAGAUCGCAUGCUCAAUAAAUCUGUAGUAAUCAAGGGUGGAAAGUAACUAAUUACGUUUUCUUAGAUUACUGUAGUUGAGUAGUGUUCUUGGAUACUUUAACUUUUUUGAGUACAUUUUAAAAUCAUCGGUUUUACUUUUAUUAAAAAUAAGUUGUCACCAGAGUAGCUGUUAUUUUACUUGAGUACCAUACUCAUACUUUUUUCACCUCUGUUGACUACACAAUAGCACAUAAGGAGAGAAUGAUUCCAAAUCAAAACAGCAAAAUCGGGAGGGUUAAACA